AUCAGAAGAGCUGUUAGAAAAAACAAAUAAAGAAUUGAGAACUAAAGUAGAAGCAUCAGCCAGCUUGAAAAAUGAAUUAGACAAUAUUAGAUUGUUAUUUUCUAAUAUUGAAGUUAAAAAAGCGAAAUUAAAUGAUAUUAAAAAAGAAUUACUUGAUGAAAUAGCUUAUACUAAAGCUUGUACAUCUGAACUGAGAAAGAAAAAAGAUGACUUAAAGACAGAAAUAAAUAGAAUAAAUAAUCAAGCGGGAAAAGUUAAAGAAAUGGAGAAAAUACUUGAAACGAUCGAAAAAAAUAAGGAAGAACUUCAAGAUGAACGACGCGUUCAACGACUCCGUAUAGAAAAACUUCGGAAAGACGAGGAAAAUCUACAGCAAACAUUUGAAAUCCGUAAUAGCCAAUUAAAGGACAAGGAAGAACUUAUCAAUGAAUAUAAACAACAAAGCAAGCAACGUACUGAUGAACUUCAAAGAAGAUUGAAUGAAGAAACCAAAAAAUAUCAAAAUUCUCAGGAGAAUCUUAAGGUACUACAAAGACAGUUAGAUGAAGAAACCAGAAAAUAUCAAGAUUCCCAGGUAGAACUUACUGUUCUUAACGACCAAUUAAAAAAUAAAGAGGAUCUUAUUAAUGAGCUCCAUAAACAAAUUGAAAAUCUAAAUGGACGAUUGAGCCAAAUAAGAAAGUUGUCAUUUUCAGAUGCCGAAUAAAAAUAAUGAAAUGCUGACAUUAAAUAUUUUGGAAAGCAAAGCAAAAUCUUUUAACUAUGAAUCUACACUAGAAAUUAAGUGAUCUAUUGUGUAUAUCGAAUAUCAUUUCUACGUGUUUUCUAUUUAUAAAAGGCAAUUUAAAAUUAUGAGGGAUGAUUUAUUUUUUGACUUGUCAAUGCACUUUACUAGAAUUUAAUUUUUUUUUCUUAUGAUUUGUUGGAAUAUUGUAUCUUUAUAUA